AUGGGAGCGACUUCGACGACACAAAUCCCCCACUCCACCUCUCUCGAGUCCUACAUCCUCCCAGACCUCCUUCGCCUUUCAAGUCCCUUCAAAGCCUCGAUGAAUCCCCACUGGGCCACAACCGCCUCAGAGUCCUCGGCUUGGUUCUCCAGCUACAGCAUUUUCUCGGACCAGGAGCUGACAGAGUUCGCCGUCUGCAAGGUCGAACUCCUUGUCGCAUAUGCCUAUCCUCACGCCAAUUACGAGACCUUUCGGACAUGCUGCGACUUCAUGAACUUGAUUUUCGCCAUAGAUGAGAUUUCUGAUAUGCAGAAUGGAGAGGACGCCGGAGAGACGGGGGACGUGUUCUUAAACGCAUUGCGCGAUGCGGAGUGGACGGAUGGGUCUGCUCUCGCGGAAAUGACAAGGGACUUUCGUGCCCGAUUCCUGCGGUCAGCCGGACCCCAGUCGUUUCGUCGAUUCUUGAAGGUCAGCGAAGACUACAUCGACUGCGUAACGAAAGAGGCUGGGUACCGCGAACGAAGUCAAAUCCUUGACAUGGAGUCGUUCAAGCACCUCAGGAGGGACAACUCUGGCGUCCCGUUAAUGCUCGGCCUGCUAGAGUAUACGCUUGGGAUCGAUCUCCCAGACGUAGUAUUUGAGGAUACGGCGUUGUCGAGAAUUUAUUGGGCCGCAGUGGAUAUGGUAUGGUGGGCGAACGAUGUGUACUCAUAUAAGGUGGAACAAGCCAAGGGCCUUGCCGGGAACAAUAUCUUGUCUGUUCUGAUGGCGGCCAAGAACAUCGACCUACAAGAUGCGAGCGAUUACGUCGGGGAUGUCUACGCAGGAUUAAUGAAGGAGUACACGGAGGCAAAGGCAGAGCUAGUGUCGAAGUCUUUUGGGUCGAAAGAACUAGAUGCGGCCGUGAAGAAGUAUGUGGACAAGAUGGAAAAUUGGCCGAUUGGGAAUCUGGAAUGGUCGUUCGCAUCUAUGAGAUAUUUUGGCUCUCAGAGCGGCGAGAUAAAGCGCACUAGGACAGUUAUGUUGAGGCCUCAAGAUGUUCUUGCGUAG